AUCACAUUUUUCAUAGUGUUCACAUGCUGGUGGUGGGGACAUAAAACGCAUGCCAUUAUUCCUCUCGCCGUUGCCCAAAAAAAGUCUAAAAUUCUAAACCACCGCCGCCGCCCCCACGACGGCUCUCCGCUCUACAUAUAUCCCUCCGCCUCUCUACACACCCUCUCACAAAUUCUCUCUCCCUCUCUUAAUCUUCAUUUCUCCCGGCGUCACUUGUAUACUCAGAGGAUUCAUGUCUGCACCGACGGAGAAUGGAAAACCUUUACCAAAGUUCGGUGAUUGGGAUGUUAAUAACCCCUCAUCAGCAGAGGGAUUUACUGUGAUUUUUAACAAGGCCCGCGAUGAAAAGAAAACAGGCGGUACGACCGAAGCACCAGGAAAGGAUGUUGUCACCAAUACUAAUAGACAUGCACCUAAUCCAUCAAAACCCCGAGCUAGUAAAUGGAAAUGCUGGUAAUGCUGAAAAAGGGAUCUUGGAGUAUCAAAAUAUGAAUUAGGGAUUUUCAAUAUGGAGAAGGGAUCAAGAGAGAUGGAGACUCUUGUGUUCUUCUGCUGCUCGUAUCUAUUUUUAUCAUGUAAAAUUAUGAAGAACUGAAGAUAUAUAUAUGCAGACAUGAAGAUAUAUCUUUCUUUUUCUACUAUAUGUGCCUUAUAUGGAAUUUUACAUUCUUUUGUGAUGCUUAAAGCUAAGCAUUUUUCUUUUUGUCUGUAACUAUGUGUACUGUAUUUCUAUGCCAUGUUCACCUAUGCACUUUGGAGAAGUGGAUAGAAAAAAUAAAGUGGCAUAAAUGUAUUGCUUCCUUUUCAAAAAAGAAGUGUUGGUUGC